AUCAAGCUCAUUGCCGUGUUCUGUUUUGAGGCAGGAAAAAAAAAAACUUCGGACGGUAGCUUGUUAGCGUUCGGUUUUUAUAAACCGAUAGAUAUUACAAGAAAAAAAAAAACUGUGACCGUUAAUAAUAGUAAUAAUAAUUAUUAUUAUUAUAAGCGUAUUCUGGCGUUAAGGUUAGAAUACUGGGAGAUGUAGCCGGUCACUUUAUUCCGUUUUCGUUAACUCGCUCGGGGGACCGCAGCCGAAUGUGGCUUCACGCAGCCUGGCUGGGACGGUAGCAGAGGGAUUAGCUUAUACAAGCGGGCUAACCUGCUCGCUAGCUAUGCUGAGACACGCUCAGGUCGACUGGUAGCUAGCUGGUCGCUAAGCGCAAACACAAUCUCCUCUGCGCUUUGCAUUCAUCACAAUAUCUACACGACGGUUAUUACGUUUGCGCUGUCUGUAUAUUUACUAUCUAGCUGGAUUUUUAAAAAAUCUUAAUUUAAAUUUUUUUGUAAAUAGCGUGCUAGUUCUAUAAGGUAAAGCUAGCAGGCAUUCACAGCAACGCUAGCUACACCACCCUUCACACAUUUCUGGUAUCUAGCCAGUAGGAUUGGAACGCUGACGGUUUGAGGGCUAUGUCUUCAGCAGCCACCACACCCCCAUCCGUAGACAAGGUGGACGGCUUAUCCAGGAAGUCAGUCCGGAAAGCUAAGCAGAAGCGAGCGCAGAGCUCGUCUCAGUUCAGAUCUCAGGACAAACCCAUCGAACUAGUGCAGCUGCCACUACUGAAAGAUGUGUCUGCCCAAGAGCAGCCAGAGUUGUUUCUAAAGAAGCUGCAGCAGUGCUGCACUCUGUUUGACUUCAUGGACACACUGUCUGACCUCAAGAUGAAGGAGUACAAGCGCUCUACUUUGAACGAGCUGGUGGACUAUGUCACUGUUAGCCGAGGUUACCUCACUGAACAGACGUAUCCAGAGGUUGUCAAAAUGGUGUCCUGUAACAUAUUCCGGACACUUCCUCCCAGUGACAGUAAUGAGUUUGACCCAGAGGAGGAUGAGCCGACGUUGGAAGCCUCAUGGCCCCACUUGCAGCUCGUCUACGAGUUCUUCAUUCGCUUCUUGGAGAGUCAGGAAUUUCAGCCCAGCAUUGCCAAAAAAUACAUUGACCAGAAAUUUGUACUACAGCUUCUAGAGCUAUUUGAUAGUGAGGACCCUCGUGAGAGGGACUGCUUGAAGACUGUCCUGCACAGAAUUUAUGGCAAGUUCCUCGGUCUCAGGGCUUUCAUCCGCAAACAGAUCAACAACAUUUUUCUAGGGUUUGUGUAUGAAACCGAGCAUUUCAAUGGAGUGGCUGAGCUGUUGGAGAUCUUGGGAAGUAUCAUCAAUGGUUUUGCACUUCCUCUGAAAGCUGAACAUAAGCAGUUCCUGGUAAAAGUUUUACUGCCUCUGCACUCAGCAAGAAGUCUGUCCCUCUUCCAUGCACAGCUGGCCUACUGUAUUGUGCAAUUCCUAGAGAAAGAUCCCACUCUAACAGAACCUGUGAUAAGAGGCUUGUUAAAGUUCUGGCCGAAAACCUGCAGUCAGAAAGAGGUUAUGUUCCUUGGUGAGCUGGAGGAGAUUGUAGAUGUGAUUGAGCCAACACAGUUUGUCAAGGUCCAGGAGCCUCUGUUCAAGCAGAUUUCCAGAUGUGUAUCCAGUCCUCACUUUCAGGUGGCUGAGCGAGCCCUGUAUUACUGGAACAAUGAGUACAUCAUGAGUCUGAUAGAGGAGAACUCCAGUGUCAUCCUGCCCAUCAUGUUUGCUAGUCUCUAUAGGAUCUCCAAAGAGCACUGGAACCCAGCAAUAUCUGCUUUAAUCUACAACGUGCUAAAAGCAUUCAUGGAGAUGAACAGCGCCCUGUUUGAUGAACUCGCCGCGACUUACAAAUCGGAACGUCAGCGGGAAAAGAAGAAGGAGAAGGAGCGGGAGGUCUUGUGGCAGAAGCUGGAAGAGCUGGAGCUGAGGCGAGGAAUUCAGAACAGCGACGGCAUCAUCCCCACUUAAAUGUGGAUGUAGCUUCAUCCCUACGUCAAGGUUCUGCCACAAGGACGCCACAUCUCCACGCUCCUUGUGCUGCAUACUUUACUGUACGCUCCUGCAUUUGUUAAUCCCCCCCCACCAGCACUGUAAAAACCCUUUCUAGUCCAUUUCCUUUGACGGUGAUACUACAGAAAAAAGAAAAGGACAAGGUGUGCUUACCUUGGGUGGGAAGACUUUAUAUACACUCCUUGCCAUUUAAAAUAAAGAUAAUCAACCACAUUAAGGGAUGUAUCUUGAAAACCCUUUGCCUUUGAGAACAGGUUUUUUAUUUUAUUUUUUAUUUUUUUGUCUCACCAGAGUGUGGUCCCAAAGACUCCCCAUAAUGCAAGUCAGUAAUUCAUGCAGUCUUGAGGCCUUCAUUCAGUCUUGAGGUUCUUCGUCCCAUAUCUCCUUGUUUUUAUCCUCAGCGAGAUGUUUCACCUCACAUUUUCAUGACCGUGUCCUGUAAAUGUUUGACUACUCUACCAGAGUCCAGAAACUUCACCCAGUACAAAAAAUGUGAUCACAAAUUCAGUUGACAUGAAUCUCCAUUUUUCACCUGCAUUAUUUUACAUGCUAUUAAAAAUGUGAUCAUCGCACUUCUUUCGGUGUAUGGACAGGUGUCGGUCCCGCACUGGUACCGCCGAUAAGUGAGUAGUAAGCUACGGCGCUCGCUACCAUCGCGCUGAAGUAUUUUCUUGAAAAUUUCGAGACCUGUUGAGAAUUCCAUUCUGGCGGUUCACUGCUUCUGAAGAAUUUAAGAAAGAACUGACACCGUUGAAGACUGUGUUCCGUUCGUGUAAAGCAGUGUUCAGGACUUCAUUCAGUGUAUUUGAAACGUUUUUUAGUUUUAACAUCUUAUCCUGGACUCUUAGCCAUAGGCACCUCUGAUGUCUCUUGCUCUUGUCUUUGGACUUUAACAUGGUUGGAUGCUCUUAAAAAAUUAUGGAUUAAGCUAGAAUAUUUUUAAACGGAGUGUUUGGAACGAAAGCCUGCAUAUGUGGCGUAUUUCUAAAUGCUGAUCCAGUCUUAUUCCUCAACAGAAAUGCCAUCCACUAUAGUGGGUUAGGACUAAAGCACUUGGAGUUAGUUUGUUGUGUUCACAAGACUCACUGUCCUUGUUUGUUUUUAUUUUAUUGUUUUAUUUCAAAUUAAAAUCAUGGGUGUGGAUUUUA